GACGUGGUCUAUACGCAAAAGAUUCUGCAGAGACUCUCUCUCUCUCUGAGACAGUCGGUCCCUCUUUGCUCUUUCCAGUUUCCACUUUCCAGUUUCCAUGGCGAAUCAAGCUGCGUCUUCAUCAUCCUCCUCUGGUCCACAAGAACACCGACUUGAAGGUCAAGCAGAAGAGGAAGACUUAUUAACACUGUACGGAGCAGAUUCGGGGUGGGUUGAGGCUCGGACUCAUUGCGAUCAUUUGGAUGCCCUAUCUUCCGAUCUUGCUCACAUUCCGACCCCCGAUACUCCUUGCUACAGGUGUCAACACCCGAGUGAGAACUGGUUAUGUUUAUGCUGUAAGGAAGUGCUCUGCAGCCGUUUCGUGAACAAGCACAUGCUCCAGCAUUACCAGCAGACAAAUCAUUGUCUGGCACUCAGCUACAGUGAUCUGUCCAUUUGGUGUUUCUCUUGUGACGCAUAUUUGGAUGCUCAGAUGAUUCAGCAACUGCGGCCUGUUCAUGAGAUAGCAUACAUACUGAAAUUUGGCGAGGCUCCGCCGUUCCGGACGGUUUAAUGGUUGAACUUGAGUCAUUAUCCAUCUGAGGCUUGAAGGUUCAACAUCAGGCAGCGGCAAGUUUCUCGUUGUGGCCUUCUAGGCUUUGAGGUUUCCUUUUGUGCACAGAACGGGAUGGUGUUUGAAGUUUGAACUGACUAAAUAUAAUCAGGUAUUAUAUAAAGCUUGGAAUGUUCAUCUUUC